GAUUUUCUUAAAUUCCCCGUUGCACUUAUUUAAAUUGGUUUUCAUUUGUUCAGUUUUUAUCAGAGGAGAUCAAAGAGCAGAGAUCGACGCUAUUCUGUAUUCAUAGACUUGCCAACUUUAGCCUGACAGUUUUCUUACAGAAUGGGUAAUGCAUGCUCCUGCUGCUCAAAUGCCAUUAGUCUUCCUCAGGCUGAAGUUGUGAAUCAUCUUGAUGAAACAAUCUCUUUCAUUGAGAUGCGCUUGGACGCCAUUUUCAUUGACAAGCCGCAAGAGGGCACGUCUGUAUCAGUGGCUACUACUAUUCCAGCUGGAGUGGCUUCUUCCGUCGAGUAUGGAUCCUGCUUCUUGCAGAAUGUAGUUAGACGUGUCAGAAAACAUACUUGCAAGAUAGUGAAAACCAACCACGACAUUCAGAAAGUAGUUAUUGAUAUGCUGAAAGAAGCAAAUCAAUUUCAGUGGGUUGGAGCUGGGCUUGGUGUUGUGGCCUGCGUGUUAGACCAACUUCAAAUGGACAAAAUCUCUACCAAUGCUUGGAACGAAUGCGUUGACAUUUUGUGCUUCAUGUGUGGCGUGGCCAAACACAUUAAGCGAAUCAACGAUUUUAGAGUCCCAGACAAACUGAAUGAUCUGGUUGUUUUCAUUGUAAAAGGAUCCAUUUUCUGUAUCUCACGAAUGGAAUCUACCAAUGUCCAAAGCUCUUAUUCUGCACUAGUGGACGAGGAGGAGAUAAAGAGUCUUCCAUCCCAAUUGAUCAACAAUUAUCCAGAGCUCGGACAUGAUGAAGAUGACAAGCAGCGUGCUUUUGAUUUGCCUCUUUCAAGUGGCCUGGAUGAAUUAAUGUCUUAUAUUGAGAAAUGUUUGGCAAAAUCCACAGCCACUGACAGGGCAGAAGAGAACACGUCUCCAGUGGCCUCUUCAAUCAAGUAUGGCAGCGACUUGCUGAGGGACGUACUCAAACGCUGUAAAAGAUAUGCUGUCAAGAUUAUGAGUGGUGAAACAAGGAAAGUAGUGAUAGAUGUUAUGAAAGAAGCAUGUCAGAUCCACUGGGUAGCAGCGGGGCUUUCCGUGGUAGCAUACGUAUUGCAAAAAGUAGACGAUGCUUCCACUAACAAGGAGGAAUGUGUUCAAGUUUUAGGACAUAUGUAUCACCUGGCUACACACAUCAAGCGACUAGACGAACAGAUACCUCAAGAAAAGCUGCAUGAUGUCGCUGAAUUCAUUUUCAAAGGAACAUUUUUUUGUGUUUCUCGAAUACAAUCCAGCAACCUCUCCAGGAUUUUCUCUUCCGUGGUGGAUGUCGAGGAGAUAAGGACGCUUCGAUUGGAGCUGGGCCAGAAGUAUCAAGAUUUGACUGUGGAAGCCCUAACUGAAGCUUUGCAUCGAAUGCCUAAAUCGUUACCUCCCUCACAGGGCAAGAAUCCCGAUGCAGUGGGCAUCGAUGAGUCAAUAAAGGAAGUAACAAACUUGUUGGGCAUGGACGAUGAGAAAGAUGUAUCAACCAGAGCUGUUGUGGUUUAUGGGGUUGGGGGUAUGGGUAAGACGACUUUGGCGAAUGCUGUCUUUAGCUCUCUCGAUUUCAAAGCCUACAAACACUGCCAUCUCAUCAUCAAACAGGACUGUUCAGAAAAUGAUCUUACGGAUCUUCAGCAACAGAUUUUGAACGACUUGUUUGACAAAAAUUUGAAGUUGAGGAAUUUUGAAGAGGGUCGUGAUGAGCUCUCUAAGGUCUUCAGAGAUGCAGCACGGCAAAGUCUAUUUCUGUUUAUAGACAAUGCGCUGAAAGGCGAUGAUCUUGCCAAAAUCCUGCCAGAUGACUUGUCAACCAUGCCUAAGCGUAGCAGAAUGCUUGUGACUACCAGAAAGCUGGACGAGACUGACAUGCUUGACCAGCCAGAUAUCAUUACACGCCUGGCAUUUCGUAUAAAUUGUCUUCCAGACGAAGAGGCAAAGAAGCUAUUGUCAAAAAAAGCUUUAGACAGUCCCUUUAAAACUUUUGACGCAAGCUCGGAUAUCGAUGGCUUGCUGAGAGUCUGUGGUGGUAUACCUUUGGUGUUAAAUCUUGUUGGUACAAGGUUGCGCAAACAUCGUGACGAUCUGUCCGCCUUAAAUAGCACCAUUGAAUCCUUCAAGGAUUCGCUGGGAAAAGGAGAGAGCGAUUUAACUCAAAAGGUAGUGGAUGUGGUGUAUGAAAGUUUGCAAGAGGAUCGAUAUAAAGAAGCUUUUCUAGAUAUAGCAGCUUUCUUUUCUUCCUGGGACCGGGACACUGUGAGAUAUAUCGUGGGUGACGAUGAGCUUGUGGCGCUGGAAGACGCAGCAUUGGUAAAGAUCUCUGAUGACAAAGUAGAACUUCACGAUGUCGUUUUAAAACGAGGAAGAAAAUUGCCAGGAUCGGAUUAUAGAAUAACCGAUAGGCAAUCUCUGGCUGAUAUUAUUGAAGAUACACAGAGACUUGAGAAAGUGAAAGGAAUUCGUCUUCCAUAUACAUCCUACGGUGAACAUAAAUUCCAACUUCAGGCAGAACAUCUGGAUAAGAUGCACAAGUGUUUAAAAGUUUUGUUUCUUAGAGGGAGAAUAGAAGUCAAUGGAACAUGCUCCAGAAAAUUUGAAAAUCUUAGGUAUGUGACAGUUGAUGAUGAAGAUUGUUCACCGAUGGAGUUAAAGAAGCUUCCGAGGCUGUCAAUUUUCGAGGGCCGCUUAAGGAGUGACGAUAGGUUGUGCGAUUUGCCUCAUUCUUUGCGUUGCCUACAACUGUCCAGUGUUAGAGAGCUCACUUCCUUGCCUAAUACGUUUGGUCAACUGAUCAAUUUGGAGAAGUUGACUUUUAACUGUCUAGAGCUGUCUAGUUUAUCUGAUAAUUUUGGACAGAUGAAGUCUCUGAAAUAUCUGAAAAUUGUCGGCUGCAGAAGUUUGGAGAGGCUUAGUGAUACCUUUGGUCAACUGAGCAAUUUAAGGGAGUUGAGGAUAUCAGGUUGUCAAAGCCUGUCUAGUCUUUCUGAUGAUUUUGGACAGUUAAAAUCUUUGCUUGAUCUGCAAAUUGACGACUGCAGAAGUUUGGAGAGGCUUAGUGAUACCUUUGGUCAACUGAGCAAUUUAAGGGAGUUGAGGAUAUCAGAUUGUCCAAGCCUGUCUAGUCUUUCUGAUGAUUUUGGACAGUUAAAGUCUUUGCUUGUUCUGAAAAUUUUGGGCUGCGAAAGUUUGGAGAGGCUUAGUGAUACCUUUGGUCAACUGAGCAAUUUAAGGGAGUUGAUGAUAUUAAAUUGUCGAAGCCUGUCUAGUCUUUCUGAUGAUUUUGGACAGUUAAAAUCUUUGCUUGAUCUGCGAAUUGACUACUGCAGAAGUUUGGAGAGGCUUAGUGAUACCUUUGGUCAACUGAGCAAUUUAAGGGAGUUGAGCAUAUUAAAUUGUCGAAGCCUGUCUAGUCUUUCUGAUGAUUUUGGACAGUUAAAAUCUUUGCUUGAUCUGCGAAUUGACUACUGCAGAAGUUUGGAGAGGCUUAGUGAUACCUUUGGUCAACUGAGCAAUUUAAGGGAGUUGAGGAUAUCAGGUUGUCAAAGCCUGUCUAGUCUUUCUGAUGAUUUUGGACAGUUAAAAUCUUUGCUUGAUCUGAAAAUUGACGACUGCAGAAGUUUGGAGAGGCUUAGUGAUACCUUUGGUCAACUGAGCAAUUUAAGGGAGUUGAGGAUAUCAGAUUGUCCAAGCCUGUCUAGUCUUUCUGAUGAUUUUGGACAGAUGAAGUCUCUGAAAUAUCUGAAAAUUGACGACUGCAGAAGUUUGGAGAGGCUUAGUGAUACCUUUGGUCAACUGAGCAAUUUAAGGCAUUUGAUGAUAUCAGGUUGUCCAAGCCUGUCUAGUCUUUCUGAUGAUUUCGGAUCGUUGGCAUCUGUGAGAACAAUAGAAGCAUCAGAGUGUCCUUUAUUGGAAGGAAAGGUAGUUGACCAGAUGAUUGAGCUGAAGAGCUUGAUGGCUUUAGAUAUCCGGGGAAGCCAACAGAUGAUAAACCGUUGGAACAAAAUAAAGGACGGGCAUCCUCAAUGUGUACAGACGGGAAGGAGGGAGAUGGUGUUUAAAUCCCAUGCAGGUAUUUUCUUAUUGCUGGUUAUUGAGUUUAUUAUUUAGGCCUUAAUAGAUUGUGUUGAAUUUGCUAUCACUUGGACAACAAUACCUGCACAUAAAAACACUACGUAGAGUAAAUCUUAUUUAAAAUAAAACUCGAAAAACUCCAUUAUUUUUAAACAUAAUUAUAAAAUUGUGUAUUUGAUAUAAAAGAAAAGAACACGGCUAAAAAAUCAUUUGUUAAGCUAUUGCCUCUGAUGUCUUUAUCAAAGCAGUCGCAAAAGUUUGAUUUUUGACACUUGGACAUCAAAUUGUGAGUCCUCACAACGUAAGGGGGAGUAGUAUUGUUAACAACUGAUGCUGGAUUCUACAAUGACAUUCAAUGACCAUGUAAUUCCUUCCAUUGUCAUCCACUGCUGCCAAUCCACAAUUUUGCAUGCUGUUUUUUCUAGCAUACUUUAUUUGACUAUUAAUUUAGAUUCAAUUUGUAUUAGAUUUGUUUUUGAUCUGUUGUGGUUGUAAGAAAUAAUGUAUGCAAAUUUGCACGAGUAGUUAGUUAAUUUAAAAAAUAAACUCUAAUGAUUAUUUAAUAAGUGCAGUGAAGUAGUUGAUCUUUCAAAGGCUAGGUAUUAGUUCUUACUCUUACUCUAUUUAUAUUUAGCCUCAGCUCUGUUUUAAUAAGAAUUAAGGGUUGGGAUUUGAAUUAACAGAUAGUAUCAAAAGGAAACAUUUUCUUUUGGAUUAAAGAUAAUUUAGAAGUUGAAAUU